UUCAACGCUUGACGUUACCUUUCUACCGAGAAAUGCUCCAGUGUAACAUCUGAUAGAGGGGAAGGUGGAGUGGAGUGCAGCGCGUGCGCUCAGUUCAUACCGAUUUCUCUUCCGUCUUUUUCACGGGUGUCACUGAAUGCGCGUGAGAUUCUAAUGCAGCGGAGGGGGCAAAUACAUUAUUUUCGCCGCACGUGCAGUAUUUAUAAAAAAAAAAAUUAUAGAUGAAAUUCUGAACGAGGGGCGAAAUCAACGCACGCGCUCCAAGUUUGCUCGGUGAAAAAGGGGCGUUCCUCCGUGCUCUCGCCUGCGGAUCAAGGCGGACGCUCGCUCGCGCACAGAAGCUCCCGGUGGUCCCACCGCAAAGCGCGCGCGCCUGCCUGCCUAUAUAUCUCUCUCUUUCUGUCUGUCUGUCUUUCUUUCUUACUUACACACACAACUUCGGGGUCUGUCGUGCUAACCUCUCUCUCUCUCUCUCUCUCUCUCUCUCAAUGCUCCACACAGUCGUCACCGAUCGCCGUCAGAAAAUCGGCGCGCGAGACAGAUGUGACCGGCGUGAAAAUGGAUCUCUUGCUGGUUGUGCGGUUCCGCUGCUUGUGACAGACUGUUUCCAGGUUCUUUCCGAGAUGCGUUCGGAGUGAUCCGUCCCGAGUUACGCAUUCCUGUCUGCGCAUCAGUUCAAUUCAUGACGGUCUAAAAAAAAAAAAAAAAUGGCAAACCAAAGUCCGUAUGACAAUCGGGAUAUCGUUGAGAAGUAUCUUUAUCACAAACUUUUGAAGCGAGGCUACGUGUGGGAGUUCCGCACUGGAGCACAGGAAGACGAUGGAUUAAGGGAGCCGCCGGCGGAAGUUGUGGAUCGCAGGCCGCGCGCGCUGCUGCCGUUGCACCGCGUUCUGCGCGAGGCCGGUGAUGAGAUCGAGCGGACGUACCAGCGCGACUUCGCGGCCAUGUCGGACCAGCUGCACUUUACCCCGAGCACAGCGCAGCGCCGCUUCACCGCCGUUAUCGAAGAGCUGUUCCGGGACGGCGUCAACUGGGGCCGCAUCGUUGUUUUUUUCGAGUUCGGGAGCACGCUCUGCGUGGACAGCGUCAACCAGGAGAUGGCGUCCCAGGUGGACAACAUAGCAAGUUGGAUGACGGAUUACCUGAACGGGCCGUUGCAGAACUGGAUUCGGGAUAAUGGAGGCUGGGAUGCCUUUGUGGAGCUCUACAGUCAUCAGAGAGCAUCCAUAUUCCACCCCUGGCCCUAUUUAAAGACAGUCUUUGGCUUGGCAGCACUGGGAGCAGCAGGAGUCACCAUUGGCGCCCUUUUUUCUCAGAAGUGAUCAUCUGGAUCAUCAGCACUCGUCCUCCUUUCUUUGUCUCUCCUCUGGCUUAUGAAGGCACUUGGUUUAUCAGUGUAUCACUGCCCCGCUGUUCCAUCCAUGUUGUGGAGCUGUCCUUGAAACUGGAGUGAGAAAAAUUAUUUAAAAAAAAAAAAAAAAAGAGUAGCUCCAUGUGUACUAUAACCAUCACUGCCAUGUAUAGAUCUAGAUACAAAUAUAUAUUUACACAUAUACGUGAACACAGCCAACCCACACAACUCCAAAAUUCAUGGACCACGUAAGCGCACACAUGACAAUUGGUUAUUUUAUUCAAACAUUAUUUCCAUUUGAACUUCUAUGAACCUGCAGUUCCAGAGGUCCACAUAUGAUCCUUACUAUGGUUUUAUUACUUUGUGUGUAGCAUGGAAUGAUGUAAUGUAGCAAAAAGAUGAAAUGAAAUGAGACUGCUAUCAAUGGUCCACUGUCUGCAUGCAUAAUGGCAAGCUACUUUUUUUGCAUGAUGGCCUUUUCAGCAUGGAAAAGCACCACCUGUGUAGGAUAUUGUUGGGUGGUUCUGUGUUUUUUUUUUUUUUUUUUAAAUAUCGGUCACCCUCUUAAAUAUUUUGUAGCGUACCUCUCCAAAGCAACAGAUGCUGCUCGUUCCUCAUUAGGCAUGCUCAUCUGCUUGAUUGGCGGGCGAGUCUCUGGGUUUGUCCUUGUCAGAUAACCACUAAGAAGCACCCAUGUCUCUUCCUUUCAACAGCUUAAAAGUUUUGUUCUGAGGCAUACAACACCUGAAUGUAUAAUAUGUCUCUCUGUGUAUGGUGUGACUCAAGACAUUUAACCUUUCCCAUCUCUUUGCUUUUAUCUCAUGUCCCUUUUUAUUUAAAAAAAAAAAAAGGAAAAUGUGAGCGCUAACAGCAGUCAUGUAAGAUAAUUUAAGGGAUAGCCGCAGAAAAGCAGGAUGCAGGUAGGGGUGUGUGUGUGUGUGUAAGUAGGACGUGUUGAGAGAGCUUAGCUAGAAAAGGUGGGUGUAUCUCGGCCCAUUACAGUGACCAGAGAUAAAGCAGGGCAGCUGGGGUCAGCCAGGUGUGGCAGGGAGGGGGAUUGGGAGAGCCAGGUGAGGUACAGUGGAAGGACAACAGAGGCUCCAUUCAGCCUGGCACAGCGGGUGUCCAGGGAACAGUAGCUCCAGAAAGAAAUGGUAGAAAGUGAAUAAUGAAAUUAUUAUUAUGCUCAUACAUUAUUUUCACAUUACUAGAAAGUCAUGGUCAAGUCCAUUUAUUUGUAUAGCAGUUUUAAUAAUGGACAUUGUCGCAACACCGAUGUUAUACAUCACAUAACACCCCUGGACAACUGAGGCAGCUCAGUGGUGCUCUAAUAACCCAAUGGAGGCAGACCUAGAAUUUGAACCUUAGACUUUCUGGACCUUCUAGUCAACAAGUACAAAACCAUGACUGCUGAGUUACCAUUGCGCCACUGAAGAACCAACGUAGUAGUGCUUGGGCCCCCAUGCGCUCCUGUGUCGAAGGACUUACCUUGAAACUAGACAACCUGAAACUGUGUGCGUCUGCUGCUGCUGCUUUCAUCCUGAACAGAACCUGUGCGGUAUCGGCUAUCCCAGUACUCUCUCUGCAGAGGAUUUUUAGGACAUUGAGACCUCUGCCUGUCCUGUUCGGCUAGGGACCUAUAGUUUUCCCUGGCAGGUGGAAUCUUUGACAAUCACAGCAUAAUAAAAUAUGCUUACUUGUUAAUGUUUUACUGUCAUUUAAUCUCAUGUAAGUGCUGUAACCUUUUGUUUUAAUGUAAAGGUCUAAGUGAUGGAGUUUUGUCUCCAGAAUGCAAGUCAUGAGAGUCAACAAAUGUAAUGGCAGAAGUCAUAUGUUAUAAAAGGUACAAAAAUGUGGACAUAAUGCAACUUUAAGCUUCUGCUAUGAAUGCUGAAUUGUCAUGUUUAUCCUGUAUCUUAUGAGAAUCUUAUGGGAGAGAUUUGAAGACUCGCACUGUAACAUCAUGUAUUUUAAUGGCUGCUAAUAAGAUGUGUAGCUCUCAGCAAUUUACCAUCCUCGUCUUUGAGACGCCAUAUGAUGCUGCUUUACGAUCCAGCAAAAACUGCCAGUUGUGGGGAGCUGUACUGAACUCUGCCCACUCUGUAAGCUUCACUCAUCAGGAAGGGUAUAAAGACUCGCAUGGCCUUUGUGUAAUUGUAUGAACAUUCCAGAUCAAGAGGAAUUGUUUUGUUGCCAAGUUUGGCAAAUGAGGUUAGGGCCAGAGUUUCCCGAAAGAAACAUUCUGUAGAUAACCGUUAAAGCAGUGUGAAACAUGCAUUGAGUAGUUCUAUUAAAACUAGUCAUUUUUCUUGCUUUUUUUCAACUUGUACCGUACAUCAUUAUUCAUUUUAAGAUAAUUUGUAAGGCAUUUUUGGGAAAUGGGAGUUAGAUGGUGAUACCCCCAACCCUUUAUGUAAAGUUGAUAGAAAUGGCAGCAAUUUCAGAUGUAACCUUACUCCAAGUUGACUUGUAGGAACUGUUACAAAUUGGAAUUGGUAAGGUUACAAAUUGGACUUGGAUACACUUGAUUUAUUAUUUCGCUGAUCAGUGUUUUCUAAAACAGAAUCUGAGGCAGGAUUGUGUCUCCUCUGUCUCCAGGAGCUAUUAUAAUGCAACAAAGUGAUGGACUUUUUUUUUUUUUUAAAAUUGAUUCAAUCAUCCUGCAGAAAGCCUUGAGGAGACACUGAGAAACGAAGUAGAAAAGUAAAAUACUUGUAGAGGAUCCCAGUGCAAACUUGGAGCCACUAAACAUGUGAAACUUGCACGCUUUGCAGUACAUCACUGUUAAUUGGUGUGCCCCCCCCCCCCCCCCCCCCCCAAAUGAGAUCACAAUAAUAGUUGGGGGGGAUUUUUGAAUGGGCUACCUGGGUUUGGGUCUAGGAUAACACUUUCUUUAAUUUAAUAUAUGUAUAUUUUCUUAUAUAUCAUUUGGUUCUCCCAUUAGCAAGAAAUUUCAAAGCCAAAAUAGGAAGUUUGCCCCAGUUAAGAAGCUGGAAAUGUUGAAAUGACAGAACAAAACUUCAUUAUGAAUUUGAAUGUUGUACCUAUACUGUAUGUGUUUCCUUCUACCACUAUACAUUGUUAAUGUUUAUGUCCAAUGAUAAAGCCUGAAAGCAUCUCUCUUGGUUCUUCAUUAGUUUAAUUAUCAAAGAGGGAGUGUUUAACUGAUCUGUUGUAACUUCUGUCUUUAUGGCAACGCCAGUUGGUAUUUGACCCUGUUAUUUGCGUUAUGUAUGAGUGUGAUUGUUUGCUCUUGUUUUUUUGUUUGUUUGUUUUUUAAAUUAUUUUGAUUGCAGCAUUUUGCAGUUGCUUUCAACUAUGCGAUUUUUAUAUGCAUUUCUGCAAUGUCUUGUUUUCUGAAAAAUAACCCCCAGUCAGUUAUGUUUAUAUAAAAUUGUGGAAAAAAUAGUUAAUGCACUUUUUUUCGUCUGUUUAGGCAGCUAAUCUCAUAGAGCCAUUUCCAAAACGCACCACAAUGAAAGAGCCAAGCCAAUCGGAACAUUUUUUUUUUUCCCCCGUUUUGUAAUUUUAUUGUUUCUCUUAUUUUGUACCUUUCAUUUCACAGAGUAGCACUAAAUUUAAUUACCAAACCCUUAAACCUGAACAAAAUAUCCACGGCAUUUUGUAUAUUAAAAGACGAUACCUAGAGGAUCAUAGCUUAUACUGUACUCUAUCAGAUCAUCUUAUUGCAGUCAUUUUUUGUUCUGCUUUUGAAAUGUAGCCUGCAUAAACCACUGUUCAAGCUGUUUUUUUUGUUGUUUUGUUGUAUUUUUGUUUUAAUUUGUCCUCAUAAUAGGUGUUCCCAUGUGCCCAUACUAUUUUGUCUACUUCUUCCUAUCAUAAGCUAAUAACGAUGUGUUCUAAUUAAAAGAAAAUACUUGCCUUAC